AUGGCGGUAGAUCCAGAUGAUACAGAUGCAACAACUUUAGAGCCAGAAAAUGCAACAACUUAUGAGCCAGAAAAUAGAAGUGUUGGGAUAGAAGAAUUUUCAUAUGAUGCUAAUAGUGACACAUUUGUCCCUCCAGAUAACUAUGAACCACAAUAUCAACCUCCAUCACCAAGCCAACCUAGUCCACCAUCUCAUCCCCCUUUAAAUUCAGAGGUUCCCUUAGAAAGACAAAACAGUCACAAGAGAAAGAGAUUCGAGUAUGGAGGAAGUUAUACCACUGUUGGGAUCAACAAUCAAGACAAUGUUAUGAGAAACAUUUCUGUUGGCAUUGAGACUAUUGCUGUGAAUUUUGAAAAAAUAUCUAACAUGAUGGAGAAAAGAGAAAAAGAUAGAGAUAGAGAUAGAGAGCUCGAGGGUAUUAUUUGGGAAGUUAUAAAAGAUAUUCCAAAUUUGAAUGACAUGACGCGUUUCAAGACGGCUGAAUUGUUGAAUACUAAAGCAAAAAAGGACUUUUUCUUAAAGAUGUCAUCAGAAGAACGCUCAUCUUGGAUAAAAUUCAAGUUAGGGGAUGAUUAA